AUGAGUAUCUUCUCCUAUAUCAGGAGCAUCUACGCUCUCGAUACAAUCGAUACACGAUUUACGAAUUCCUCUGGGACCCCAUACAGGACGGUGAUUGACACCAGGACUGAAAAUGCAGCUGCGAAUGCCAAAAGAGAUGACUCGAUUCCAGGGGCAGGUGUGAGGACAGAUCAUAGUGGCAGACCAAUUGCCCAACCUUCGAACUGGAAGACGCCGGAGUUCUACUUCUACUAUUUUGUCUUCAUUACUAUUGUGCCGUAUAUGUUCUGGGUGGCCUACGAUGUUUCUAGACCGUCAGAUCCAAAUUACCACAAGUACGAAGACCUGCUUUCUCCUGGGUGGAUACCCGGCCGCAAAAUUGACGUCUCUGAUGCUCAAUACCACUCUUUCCGAACCAACGUGCCAUACCUGGCCCUCCUUUUAACUUUCCACCCAAUUCUCCGACGAUUAUACGAUGCUUUUCGACCAGUGCCCAGUCGAAGCAACUCCCCAAAACCCAACGGCAGCUCAUACAUUUCUGCCGCUGAUGGAGAUGCUCGGUUGGAGCAGCGAGCGUCCUUCGAUUUUGGCUUUGCAUUCAUAUUUCUGACGGCAUUACAUGGGUUCUCGGCGAUAAAAAUUGUGAUAAUAUUGUAUAUCAACCAUUGUAUUGCUACACAACUUCCUCGAAAGUAUAUCCCGGCAGCGACCUGGAUAUUCAAUAUAUGCACCCUGUUUGCAAAUGAGCUGUCUGAGGGAUAUAAGUUUGAGAAAAUGGCACACUUCAUCUCGCCGCUGGAUGGCGUGGGGCUGGACUCAUCAAGUGCCCUGCACAGUUGGGGGGCAUGGCUUGACAGCUAUGGUGGAAUCAUGUCGAGAUGGGAAAUCCAGUUCAACCUCACAGUUUUGAGGUUGAUCAGUUUCAAUCUAGACUAUUAUUGGAGCCUUGAUAGACGCGGUGGAAGUGCAAUUGAGAAGAAACAACUGGACCCUUCAAAUCUUUCCGAAAGGGAUCGUAUCUCGACACCACCAAGUGCAAAAGACUUUUCUUUCCGAAAUUACUUUGCCUAUGCAACCUACGCCCCCUUGUUUCUCGCAGGCCCAAUUAUAACCUUCAACGACUACAUAUCCCAGACGAAAUAUCCCCCAGCAAGCAUCGAAAAAUCCCGCACAAUCAAGUAUGGGAUCCGCUUCCUGCUCUGUCUUCUGGCCAUUGAAUUCCUCCUCCACUUCGACUACUGCGUUGCAAUCUCCAAAGGCAACCCCAACUGGUCGGACUAUACCCCCGCGCAGCUCUCACUCCUCUCCUAUUUCAACCUCCACGUCCUCUGGCUGAAGCUUCUUCUCCCCUGGCGAUUUUUUCGCCUGUGGUCUCUAGUAGACGGCAUCGACCCUCCCGAAAACAUGAUUCGCUGCCUCUCCAACAACCCGUCCACAAUAGCCUUCUGGCGCGGCUGGCAUAGAAGUUACAACAAGUUCCUCGUCCGCUACAUCUACAUUCCCCUUGGAGGAGCAAGCUCCCGCACCUGGGUGGAAACUGUCCGGACUAUUUUCAACUACGUUGUGGUCUUCACGUUUGUGGCUUUGUGGCAUGACAUCAAGCUCAAUUUGCUGAUUUGGGGAUGGCUGAUUGUGCUGUUCAUGAUGCCAGAAAUCAUUGCAGGAAUUCUAUUUCCGAGGAAGAAGUGGGAGAAUAACCUUACAGCAUAUAGAGUGCUGUGCGGUUUUGGAGUCGUGGGAAAUCUAAUGAUGAUGAUGAUGGCUAAUCUAGUCGGGUUCGCUGUUGGGGUAGAUGGAUUGAAGAGCAUUAUUCAUGGUAUUUUCAGGGAUUACUCUGGUCUCGUGUUCUUGGUCACUGCAUCAUGUGUGCUGUUCGUCGGCAUACAAGUCAUGUUCGAGGUACGAGAAGCGGAGAUGAGGAAAGGCAUAUUCUUGAGGUGCUAA